CGUGAACAUACUGGCAGUUGGCAGAUGGUACGUCCAUGCAAGCAAAAAAAUAUCUUUGAGUAAGGCGUGGCUCCGUACCUUAUUGAGCCGAUUUUAUAGAGAAAGGUUCUGGCAUCAACUUGCUUGUGUUUGAUAAUCGUCCUGCACUUAGUUGGAGCAUAUUCCCUAGCUGUUCAUUCUUCGAGCAAUUUCUUUUGGUUUUCAAGUAAGAGCAUAUUGCAACGAGUAGCACCUUUCAUUCAUAUAUUGAUAGUAAAUAGAGGCCAGACAGCCUUUUUAGGGACUAUUGCCUAUGGCACACAAUUCAGCAGUACGACAAGUCCUUGAUGCUCUUCAGUCUGGACGAUCUUGUAAUGGUAGUCGGCUUACAUGGUAGAAUGGGCAUAAUUGGCACUCUCUCUUCACGGAAUAUGGCUUUUAAAGGUUUUUACCAUCAAAUUUCCACAGUAAAAUAUUUGUUCGAAAAUAUACUUUCGUGCGAUCAGUCUGAAUAGUUUGUGCACAUUAAGGAAGCUCGACCAUCAAAAUUGUGCAAUCUCAUGUAGGAUGUUCUUUGUUGGUCCGGUGAAAAAUCAACCCGUCGCCUUUUCCCUCUUCGAAAAGGAGGGUUUUCCGGCCACCGCAUAGUUGAUGCAUGUUUUUGGAGAAAACGGGGUUUUCCCCUGAUUUCCAUUACUAGACCCCAGAUAGAAAUUCUUACAAACCACCAGCAUACAGUUGGUGCAUGUAUUCACAUCACUCACAGUCACCUUCCCAACCUUCCACUCUUCCAGUGGCAGGGGGAUGUGACGGAUCCCUCUUCACGUACACCAUCUAUCCAUCUAAGCCUGAUGAUUCGACUGCUCAGGCGACUUGCCAAACAUUAGCGAUAAACGGUUAUCAUGGGGCAUGGCCUGGAUUGGUCUUUUUUACUGCGCGUGACCCUACCCAACCCAACCCUGCAUCGUUCUUUUCGGUGCACAACAGCACCGCCGCUCGGGCGUGCACUAGUAGCUGUAGGCUGUAGUGUACGCGCCAAGCCCCGACCCUUCUUAUACCCACGCCCCUCCACUUCAACCUCCCAGCAAACACGCACACGCACACACGCACACAGUCCCCGCACGAGCUAAAGGCACCCACAGGGCUUUUGAUUUCCACGUCCGGAGGAAGAAAGUCCGUCCGUCCGCCCGUCCGGCCGGAAAUGUUCCGUCAUUCCUCGUCGGCGCCUUCGUACGGCGACGCCUACAUGCAGGCGGCCCUGGCCGCCGUCCCCACCCAGAUCCCUCGCUCUGCCGCCGGGGGAUACUAUGACAGCGGCAAUGUUGUCAAUGGCGCGUUCCAUCCCUUCGCCGCCACCGCCGCCUCGUCUCCGCCGUCGUCCUACUCCUCGUCGUACUACAACAACAUCCAUAGGAGCAUCAGCGCGCACUCGCUCCCGCUCCCGCUCCACAUCCAGCUCGGCGACAACCUCGGCGGCGGCGGCGCAUUCUUCUCGUCCUCGUCCCCGUCCCCUCACCAGCAGCUGUCUUUGCCUCCCAUGUCCUCCUCCCCGUCCUCCUCCUGCGGCGAUCUGUACGAUUUCAGCAGCUCCGCAUGCACAGUCCGCCGCGUCUUCAGCACCGGCGAUCUCCAGGGGAUGAACGGGUCAUCGCCGGUGCCGUCGGGCGACGGCUGCGGCCAAGACGCCGGAGGAGGGCCGUUCUCGCAGAAGGUCGGGCGAUACAGCGCAGAAGAGAGGAAGGAGCGGGUGCAGCGAUAUCGCCUGAAACGGCACCAGCGAAACUUCACCAAAAAAAUCACCUACGCGUGCAGGAAGUCGCUGGCCGACAGCCGGCCGAGGGUGAAGGGCCGGUUCGCGAGGAACGGCGAGGCGGAGGCGGAGACCGACGACCGGGAGGCGUCCGACAACAGCUACGACUACUGCGGUUACAGCGAUCCCAGCAACCAGAGCACGGGGAACAGCCGCUACCACGGCCAGCAGCAUGUCAAGGACGACAGCGUCUGCAACGGCGCCGCCGCAGCAGCGUUCGCCGGAGCCGGUGACAAUGGCGACUGGUGGUGGCGGGCGCCGGGGGCAGAGGGGCAGCGGCAGGCCGGCUUCGACGUCGACGAGGAGCUCUGGGCCACCCUGGGCGACAUGCUGUCCGUGAACCUGGCCUCGUAGUAGGCGAUCGACGGCACGGCAUGUAAGGGUCGGUGGAGCCGUUAGUGGUUUUUGGUGGGGGCCGUCCGGCGCACCAGACGGCACUAUUAUAGCUCGGUCAGGUCAGGGUGGCGGCUCGGCUGGCCGCCGUGUGCGCGGCACAGUGCAGCCAUGGAGGGGCGAGGUCAGAGUGGCGCCCGUUGACCUUGUCCCCCGGGGCUGUAUUAUUGUAACCUUUAGCCAGAAACAUCAUGAGAGUCGGAGACAAAAGGAGAGAGAGACCGAUCGCCUUCCUCGUGCUAGACUUUGAGAACAACCUGUGUGUGUUCCGUGAGUUCCCGGUUACUUCCAUGUACAAAAAAGCUUGAAAAAUUAUCUGCCCCACUCCCGAGUCCAA